AUGUCCCAACAAUGUACCAAGUCAUCUGGCCACUGGAAGAUCGUGGUGUGGGACCAGGAGGGGUUCCAGGGCCGUCGGCAUGAGUUCACAGCUGAGUGUCCAAGUAUUCUGGAGGUUGGCUUUGAGACAGUCCGAUCCAUCAAAGUACAGAGUGGAGCGUGGGUGGGCUUUGAACAUGCCGGCUUCCAGGGUCAGCAGUUUGUCCUGGAGCGGGGUGAGUACCCAAGCUGGGAAGCCUGGAGUGGCAACGUCGCCUACCAUGUGGAGAGGCUGACCUCCUUCCGUCCUGUAGCUUGUGCA